UCGUCUUCCAAGUAGAAAUGAAACUGACUGUCACUCUGACAACUGACUGUUGUUUUUUAGACACACAAUAAGAGAUAACAAGAUUUGUAAAUUAUACAAGAUCUGCAAAAUAUCAUAACAACACAAAGAAACACAAGAGGACACAAAGAGGAGAUAAUGAAAGAAAGUCAAGAAGGCCAGUCCACACCCUCAUGACAGAGCAAAGAUGGAUGCCAAGCUGCAGAGGCAAGAUAGUUGUUCAAGCCAUCUCUCUAUGAUGAGCAACAUGUCUAAAGAGGAGCCUCCAUUUUUCGGCAACGAGAAAAGGAGCUCUCCAUGUGCUGAGACAGACAGGAUGGAUGGAAACUACAAGAAUAAACCUACAACACCGACUUGUGUGCCACUGAAGAGUGAUGGGUCAAUGCCCCGGAGUGUCAAUUAUAACUCUGGAGAUGAAGAAGCAAGGAAAGUGGUACCAGUCCCAACACAGUCCCCUGCUGGUGGGCCACAGGCAGAGUAUGACCUCAGUCUCCCCCCACUGAUCGAGGACUGGACCAAAGAACACGUCAAAGACUGGCUGAUCAUUAGACUUAGAGUACCACAGAAAAUUGCACAAAAUCUUUAUGAGCAAGAGUUUUCAGGAGCUUGCUUGGUCUCCUAUGACAAAAACGACUUGUUAGAACUGGGUGUUCCACGAGCUCCAGCAAUACUAAUAAUACGACAGGUUGAGAAGCUCAGGAGACAUUUGGAGACUUUUGAGCCAUGUGUGAGAACACCAAAGAGCCAUUAUGAACUCAGCAAACGUGAACUUGGUAAAAGGACAGAGAUGGAGGUUGUGUCAGGAAAUAUGGAUGAAUCUAUAGAAACUGAAACGGUGUCAUCAGAUUCAGGAAUUCAAAGUCUAAGCUCCCUGCAGAUGUUGCAGAUGGCAAGAAACAGAAUAAAAUCUUUAAUAGGUCAGAAGACAACAAAUGACACACAAUUACAUGCUGAAAUUACUGACAGUGCAACAUUUCUACAAUUAAAGAGGCCAAUAUGUCAGAUCAGGCCCUUUGAUAAAAGAAACUCCAACAUCUUCUACAAAGAAAAUUACAUUCUUCCUCCUGUAGCCGGUCCAAGUGAUCUCCUUGACCCUGUGCAUGAGUACCAGUUUCUGCCUACUGCAAAUGAAGCCAGUGAAAGAGAGAUCCUUUAUGAAUUCACAAAAGAAGUAUUCAGUUUUGCUGCGAGCUGCAUGAAUUCACGAACAAAUGGCACAAUUCAUUUUGGAGUGCACAACCAGCCAGGACAGGGACACAGUAAAGUAGUUGGACACAAGAUCACCUCUUUCGAGAAGUAUAGUGAGGUGUUUGAAUCAUGUCUGAGUGAAUACUUUGAAGAAAAGCAUGUAAAUGCUGCCAGAAUGUGCAUCAGGCCUCCAAAUUUUAUACAAGUUCUCUGCGAAGAUGGAACAACUUCAAACAAAUGGGUGAUUGAGGUUGAUGUAGUUCCAACAUAUUCAGAGACACAAGAUCAUAUUUUCUAUACCAUGCUGAGUAUUGCAUCAGCAGAAAAAACGCAACAAUGCAAAACUGAAUGUCUCUUUGUGCGGGAUGGCCUGAGGUCAAUCAACAUUUUAGCAGAUACAAAUCCUCGAAUAUUUCAAGAGAAGAUAAAAGAUUUGGCUGAUAAAGUCCAGUGUUGGGCUUCAGCACGAAAGGCAGCAGAGGAAAAGGAAGAAAAACAACCCUCCGAAGGCCAUCAGGGCCAAAGGUUAAAACAGCUGAUAACUUGUGGAAGAGAUGCAUUCGAGAAUUCCCUUCAAGUUAUUGUUGUCACAGACAAAUGUCAUUCAAGCCAACUGGAGCACUUGGAUUUUCUGAAAGAGAUUAAGUUGUUUGCAGUACUUGAUUUUGAUCCAGAAUCUGAUGUAAAUGGAACAUGCAAUUUUUACAGAAGAGAUCGCAUAGCCAAUCUGCACUACCCAUACAUGUACACUACUCAGGACAGUGUUUCUGCAGUCAUUGGAAAACUGAACUUGUUUAAACAAACAAGUUGGAUUUUCUGCAAUGGACGUGCGGAUGAAGAGUGUGAAACAGACAAGCCACUAACACAAAGCGAAUGGCUUAAAAAACGCUCUGGUGAUGUUAACAACAUGGUUUCAUAUCUUUGCAACCCAGAUUUGCUUUCCAAAGAUAGACUUGUGGUAUUCAUUCUUCACUCAGCAGUAACUGACAUCUCAAGCCCUAUUUUGGAGACCUUCUGUGCAAUCUAUCGCACGCUGGAAGGGGUUGACAAUAUGUUGUGCAUCUGCAAAGACUCCAGUGUAUUCAGGGACUGGCAGCAGCUGAUUGAGAGUCGCUGUAGAGAGGACAUCACUUGUAAAUGCAUCUAUGAACUGAGUCUGAAUGAAAUAUCAAGCACCAUCAAAAAACUUAGAGGACCCCAAACACAAUCUUCCAGGAGAUUCUUGCCAUCCACAGGCUCCAGCUCUGUCCUGCUGGCAAAAAAAGAUGAAGAGCUUAUGACUGUUUUGGAUAUCUUAUGUGAAAAUGAAUGCCAAAACACAGAAAUCGAAACAAAUGAUUCCUUUAAAGAGUUCAAAACGAAGACAGAGGAGGACUUUUACAGAGGAGGGCAAGUCUCAUGGUGGAACUUUUACCUUUCUGAGAUGAAAGGCAGCCUGCCAUUCAUCAAACGAGACAAAUUCGAUGAGCUAUGUGAUCUGAUCACACCUGUGAACGGCUACACAUCUCCAUGUGUUAUGAUCAAUCUCUUCCAUCACCCCGGAUGUGGGGGAACAACUCUAGCAAUGCAUGUUCUUUGGAGCUUGAGGCAUAAAUUCAGAUGCGCUGUUGUUAAAAACGACAUUGCGACAAAUAAUGAAGUUGCAGCCCAAGUCAUGAAACUGCUGACAUAUGGCAAACAGGAGCAGUCAGGAUACACACCUGUUCUCCUCUUGCUGGACAACUGGGAUGAUGUAGACGACCUAAAGCAGUGCAUCCUUGCCAGUGAUAGGAAGCGACAUAACAGUGUAAUGGUAAUCAUUCUGAACUGUGAGAGAACCCAGUUCCCUGAUGAUAGCUCCAAGAAGAGUCGCAUUGCAAAUGUGUUCAUCACCAACAAUCUGUCAAAGAAAGAGCAGAGUUUGUUUUCUGAGAAGCUUCAACAACUCAAGGACUACCAUAAAAAGCCAGACACUUUCUAUGCUUUCAUGAUCAUGACAAAUAAUUUCAGUGAGACUUACAUCAUGAACCUGGUGAGCAACAUUGUUAAACAUCUUGACACCACUACCUCUCAAGGUAGGCUCUUCUCCUUCUUGGCUUUACUAAACACCUACAUCAAUGGAUCCUACAUGUCACUCUCUUUGUGUGAAGAGUUAGUGGGGAUAAGGAACGCUCUGUGGAAGCAAGGAACUCUCGAUGAUGAAAUGAAUCCCUAUUCCACACUGAUGAUCACUUUCACUGUCGAAGAAGAUGGCACCUAUCAAGCAGUACGAUUCUUACACCAAAUGAUUGCUAAGAAGUGUCUUGAAGUUCUUCAGAAAUACAAACUUUCUCUGGCUGAGAUAACUACUAAUGUUUUGCACUGUGACAAACUCUACAAAUCACGCAUGGGAAAGGGGAUCCUGGUCCAAAACAUCCACAGCAUGCUCAUCACACGUCACAGAAAAGUACAAGGAGAUGACAAAGACACUUUGUUUUCUCCAUUGAUUGAAGACAUACAUGAGAAGGAAGGACCUGACAAAAUCAAAGAAGUCUUAGAAAGAGCCACAGAGAGGUUUGACAGAAGUGCAACAAUGCCACAAGCAUUGGCAAGACAUCUCUGCUUGAAAGAAAGAGACUUUAAAUCUGCCCUCAAGUGGGCUUUGGAUGCACAAGGGAAGAAUUCAAAUUCCUACAUUGCAGAUACAGUCGGACAAGUGUACAAGAGCCACCUCAAAAAGGAAAUUGAAGAUUCUAAGGAUCUCACUCCCGAAGCACUUGACAAAUGCCUCACAUUAGGAUUCAAGGCUGUAAAGGCAUUCCAGGAUUCACAGGAGCUAGCCAAGAAAGAUGAACAAGUAGAUCCGUUUGAUCUUCGCAACAAAAGGAAAUCAAAGUCCUACAAUACAUCAGGCUAUGUUGGAGAGACAGAAGUCAUGCUGAUCCUUCUUGAUGUCAUUAAAGAUCUUCCUCUUUUUGGCGUCAGUGACAGACAUAAAAGAGAUAAAAUGCUGCAGUUUCUUAGAGAUCGCCACCCAGUGAGCAGUUUACGUGAUCACAACGACACGACUGUUAACCAGUUUGUGGAUGUCCUGGCAGAACAUGAGAGAUUUCUGAUGUCCUUGAAGACAAGGCUGAAGGAAAUUUUCUUUUUUUUUGAGACCUAUUUCCAUUACCUAAAGCCUAGGUCAACGGAAAGGGAAGCAUCUGAUGAAAGACACAAACGAAAGGUGUCUGAGUACUUCAAAAAGUAUAUUGAAAUAUUCAGUUACUCGGAAGAGGAGAAAGCAUCUGAAAUAGCCAGUAAACCCAAACUGAGUCUCCAUCAGACAAUAGUGGACCAUAGGAACACUCUGGAACUAGAGCGAGCAGACUCAUUUGCUGGACUCCUGCAGUGGUUGAAUGACAAGAGUGGAACGGAAAUGGAGCACAUUCUCAGAAAAUGGCAGUUUAUAUUUGAAAACUCAACCAGAAGAAGUGUUAACGAUACAGUCAACUUCAUUCUGGCAAACAUAAUUCUGCACAAAUUCAAGCCCUCUUCCACAUUGCUGAAAAAAUAUGAAGUCUUGGUUGACCUUCUGAAUGAGGAACUGCAAAAGGAGGGUACUCAUUCAAAACAGACAGAGCUGUACUACCUCUCCAUGCUGCUCAUGUGGCCUACACAAAACCGAAGGCUUGAAAACUCUUCAACAUAUCAAAAUAUCUCCCUGUACGUCACAUCAGCCAAGAAAUCUUUUCAUCGACGCUUCGCUUUCAUGUUUCCAGCAAGAAGUUCUAUUGCUCAUUUCUUUCUUGGGAAAUCCAGUGGACUCAAGCGAAUAGUUUCCAAAGUGGAGCUCGAUAGAAUUUUGAUCAGUGUUUCAGGGAAAAGUCAAUCUCGUACCCUGCACCAUCUCUGGCAGAGUGGUGCAGCAUGGAACGAGCCAGAGGUCCAGAGUAAGCUAUUGAGGGUUAAAGGGAAAUCAGAAAAUGGUGACAUUUAUGUCAACUAUGGUGGAAACCUAAAAAUGCCGGUGCGUCCCGUCUACCUGGGUGAUAUCCGCAGCGGAUACAGUCGGGAAGACGUAUCCUUCUACCUUGGAUUCACCAUGGAAGGUCCUGUGGCCUAUAAUAUUAAGUACGAAAUUGACCAAUGAGAAAAUUUUAACUGGCAGAUGUGAAUAGUUGUUUACUCGCACAAAUUUACAUAAAGAAUAAAGAAUAAGAGCCAUGUUAAAAACUCCAAGGAAUUGGUAAAACCAUGUCAUGAUUAUGAGCUCAUUUUAUAGUACCAUGAACAUAUGGACAUAAAAGCAGUGAAUAUUACAGAUUGUAAACCUACACUCAUAAUCUUGUAGACCAAAAGUCAUUAAAAAAAAAAGGAGUUGCAUGAUCUUCCAAACUAAUAAGUGCAACCUUGGGUUUGUAUUAUUUGUCUUUGGUGGCAUGAUAGUGAUAUUUUCCACAGUUAUAAAAUGGAUUACCAGCUAAGAGGCUAACACUGAACAUUGAGGGUGACCAGCUGUGCGUUACCCUGACUGCCUUUUUUUCAUGGCGUCCAAAUGUUUUGGGAUUGUAACAUUUUAGUUUAUUUUCAUUACAGAGUUAAACAUUACAUCAAACAAUGCUUAGUUGAUAAUAGAUACACUGCACAUUUGAUUUUUUUUUUUUUUUUUGUCAUUUUAUAUUCUUGUAUCAUUUUAACAGUUUUGGAAAAGUGGCCACACAUUUAACAUAAGUUAUUCUAUUACUUUCAGUUAGUCUGUGACGCAGAUGCUGGCCACAUAAGAGAAACUAGUUCCAGGUACUAGUCGGUCUAUCACUGACAUUGUUGUGUGAUAUUCAAGGUCAUUUUUUAAAUAAUUUUUUACUGCAUUAUAUUUGCCAUUGAGAAAAACAUUUUUUAACAUUUAGAAUCUGUGUAUAGUAUUUUCUCAGAGAGUCCUCAAUUAUGGUCUAAUAAGUGUCUUUUACUAAAACUGAGAAUAAUGUGUUAUGGUAUUAUGUCAUGUUUAUCUCUGCUGAGUCACAAUUUGCUUAAUAUGUGUUUGAUGUUCAUUUUUUAAAGAUUUUUGGAUUUUAAAUGGAUAUUUCUAGAAGUGCUAUGUUUAGUGUCAAUGAUGUACAUGUAUACAUUUGAUGCCAUGAUAUGAUACAGAUACUUAAUGUGAAAUUAAAAUCCUGAUAUUUGAGCAUAAGAAGAUCAUUUGUUGUAGCAUAUUACCCGAAUACAUAUCACGCAAAUGUCUAUGCGUUUCUAGCUAUUGAUUUCUGCCAGUAUGGUUGUAGGCAUACAGGACAGUCACAGCUCUCCACCUCCCUCAUCCAAAAAGCAGAUGAACACCUGCAUUGAUAUUUAUGAGGCACCAUUUAUUCAAACACCCAUUAUCACAGUAUAUUGCUCUCUGCAGUUAGCUUGUAAUAAAGCCUAUUACCAUUUUCCUCUUAGAGCGAAAGCUAUUGUCAAGGAAAAUCUAAGUGUUUCUCAAAGAUUUAAUACUUCAAUGAUGUCUCACCGUUCAAAAUAUGUUUGAAUGCUUUUUUAGCUGCAAACAGUUCCAACAAUUCCUCCGUGUACUGCCUGGAGUAUAUUGAAUCACUGUAACAAAUGUGAUAUUAUAUGUUGAUUGCUGUGCAGGCUUCUCUUAUCAAAAUCAAUUGGCACAAACAGUUUUUUAUUAGGGGGGUGUUCAAAGGCUGCAGUGUUGCCAACUUAAUACAUUUGUCGCUAGAUUUAGAGACUUUUUUUCAAAAAAGCACCUAUUGACAAAUCUAGUGACUUUUUGGACAAACCUUAGCUACUUUUUUGUAAAAGACAGUCGCCAGUAAUGCCCCAUGAUUGACACACCUCUGUUCAGUGAGUGGCAUUUAGACAUUCAUACAUGUGAUGUUAGAUAGCUAAAGUGGCAUGUAAUAAAUAUAUUGUGGAAGCAAGAGAAAUACCAAAUACAAAUUUACCUCUAGAGAGUCGUUUUAUUACUUUACAGAAAAUAUAAUUUUUCUAAAUUGUAGUGAUGGCCAGAUGACAACUUGUGAAGCUUUGGGGCUUUCUUUCUUAAGAUUCAAAUUCAUGUGCCUUCAAAUUUGCAGUCUUGUCUUGCAAAGGCAUUGCCAUACUUCUGACAAAGGAAGGUAAAUAGAGGUUAGGUGUUGUACACUAAGCAGAUACUCAUUGUAGUGUUGGGGGAUGACAUUAACUCGUUUGACCACAAGGGGGCACUAUGAGACCUAGUGUGAAGUCAUGUAGACCACAUUUCCACCUCUUUGACUGAGAUAACUGUGACAGGAAAACAAAGGACAAAAUCACUCAAAGUGAGGUUUAAAGGGGCAGAUUGAAGUUGUUGUCAGCUGCAUCCUGUGCGUUUUAUUUGGGUUCUUAAUGUAGAACGUUUCAGUUCAAAAUCACACAGAUAUCAGCCACUGGAGCGUUUUAUAUGUGGUCCUCUUCACAAAAGGCUUAUCAAUAGUUCUCAGUACUGUGUUGCAUUAAUGAGUCAUUCAGUCACAACAACAAGACAGGCCACUACACACAGAAAUUUAUCAAAAACAGUCUCGACAAGCCUUUGGUACCAUUUAAAAAAAAAAAAAAAAAAAAAAAAAAACUCAUUUAACUCUUUUACGUGUACUUUCUGUAAAAAGAGGCAAAGAUUGUCUGAUGUUACUAUUUUGAAUUUACAUGACAUAAGUGGGGAAUAAAUUUGGCAUAAACAGCAUCACUAAUCUUGACUUGAUCUUAUUUUUGUUACACUAUGCUGGAGUACAGUUCAAAGAUUUAAUGUUCAGAUGACAAAUCUACAUUUAAAUCCAAGCCAGUUGCGAUGUUUAUUUCCAGGUGAAUCCCGCUCUGGGACACCGUAGUUUUGAGGUGUGUUAUAACACUGAGCAUGAGGAGUUUAAUUUAUCUUUAUUUUAAGUCAUCUCUGACUGGAUAUUUAUAAAAUUAUAUAAGGAGAAGUGCUAAUUGCCGUUCCCUUUAGUCCACUUGAAAAAACAAAAUUAUAUACUUUAAAUGAGGUGAAUAGAUAAGAUGUCAUUAAAAUAAAAAUAUUUUUAAUGGUGGAGUCUCAUCUUGUUAUACAGCCCUGUGUCAAAUGAUAAAACCUUGUAACCUUUCUUUCAGUUAUUUAGUAUAUAUUGUGCAUUAUGAAAUAUUCCUCACCAUUACCACCUGUAAGAGAUGAAUUGACUCUUCCAGUGAUUGUACAGGACAAAUUAAGAUAACUGCCAACUGAGUAUAGCCUACAUGCAAAAAAAUACCGAUUAUGCUGUAAACAGCAAAUUGACUGAAUGAUUACAAUAAACUCAAUGUUAAAGAAGUGACACCAGUUAUCUCUUUACAUUACGUAUGGGUAUGAAAUUUGGUCUAUUUACAAUGCAUCAGUAUGGGAUGUCAGAACCCUGCUUUCAUUCCCUCAGUCUGCAACAUCACUGUUUACUGUCACCCUGGCAACGGGUUCCGGUUUAGUAGUUAACGUUAGCGUAGCCUGCAGAUUAACAAUGAACAAUUAAAUUGUAAUAUGUAAUUUCUUAACAAAACAAAUAUUAACACCAAUAGCCAUACUAUUAAACACCUUAACCACCUGUCACUUCAUAUCAACCGUUAAUGUAGCGCACGUUACUUAUCGCCGAUAAUUUGAGGAAACAAAACGGCUCAUAAUAGUUUGCGUGCUCUUACUUUGAAAAGCGGAAAUGACGGCGUCAAAAGGCGAUCACAUGAUUUCCGAUGCAGGUCAAUUUUCGAUCAGACCAUAGACUAUACUAUAUAAAAAGGUUCAG